AUGAAAAGACGAAAAAUGUUAUUAUUAUCAUCAAGUAUAACUAAAAUGAAUUCGAAUUAUUUAAUGUAUGCUCAGACAGAAAUAACAGAAUUUUUAAAAAAAUCUCAUGUUAUUAAAGUACUUUUCAUUCCUUAUGCCUUAAUGGAUUACGACUUAUACGCAGAUAAAGUACGACCAACUUUUAAUCAGUUUGGUUUUGAAUUGGAAUCAAUACAUCGUCAUAAAAAUGCUGAACGGGCAUUAGUAGAAGCAGAUGCAAUUUAUAUUGGCGGAGGGAAUACAUUUUUACUUUUAAAAAAGUUACAUGAUAUGCAUUUAAUUAAACCUAUAAGGAAUUUGGUUUUGAUUCAUGGUAUUCCAUUUUUGGGCUCAAGUGCCGGUACUAACGUAGCUACAGUCAAUAUUUGUACAACUAAUGAUAUGCCAAUAGUUCAUCCGCCAAGUUUAGAUGCAUUGAAUUUAAUUCCAUUUAAUAUAAAUCCACAUUAUGUUGAAAUAAGAAAAGGUGUUUGUCAUACGGGGGAAACUCGAGAUGAACGCAUUCAACAAUAUCUUCAAUUACCUAGAACCCCACCAGUUGUGGGACUGCGUGAAGGGGCUAUUUUAAAAGUUGAAGCUAAUUCCAUUACAAUUUUGGGGGUAAACGGCGCGCGAGUAUUUAGAGCCAAAAGUAGACCAUUUGAUUUUUCACCUGGAGACGAUGUUUCUUUUCUUAUGGAACCUUCUGACUUUACACUAUCACAGCAUAGAAGUUAUUCUUAG